AUGGCGUCUUCCUUGGAUGAUGAUGAGAUCCUUAAUGAUGAUUAUUAUUCCCUGCUUAAUGUCCGACGAGAGGCAACACAGGAAGAGCUGAAGGUGGCAUACAGGCGAUUGUGCAUGCUGUAUCACCCGGACAAACACCGGGACCCUGAACUGAAGCGUCAAGCGGAGCAGCUUUUUAACCUUGUACAUGAAGCCUAUCAAGUGCUUCGGGAGCCGCAGUCACGCGCUAUCUAUGAUAUAUAUGGCAAGAGGGGACUCGAUGUAGAUGGAUGGGAGGUGGUGGAGAGAAAAAGAUCCCCUGCAGAGAUUCGGGAAGAGUAUGAGCGUCUUCAGAAAGAGCGAGAGGAGAGAAGGCUUCAGCAAAGGACCAACCCAAAGGGUACUAUUAGUGUGGGUGUUGAUGCCACGGACCUCUUUGACCAGUAUGAGGAGGACUAUGAGGAUAUGGCUGGAGGAGGAGUCCCACAUGUGGAAAUCAACAAGAUGCACAUAUCACAAUCCAUAGAGGCUCCUCUUAGCACCAAAGACACUGCUAUUUUGUCUGGCUCUUUGUCCACCCACAAUGGAAACGGAGGUGGUACAAUCAACUUGGCCUUCAGGAGAGUCACCUCAGCCAAUGGGUGGGGAGAGUUAGAGGUCGGCGCUGGAGACACCCAAGGACCCCUCUUAGGACUGAAGAUUUUCCGGACCUUGACGUCUCGAUGCUUCGUCACCGCUCAGUGCGGCCUGCAGUUUUCGUCCCGAGGUGUGCGUCCUGGGGUUACCACCAUGCUGGCCCGCCACCUAGACAAGAACACCAUGGGGUAUCUACAGUGGCGCUGGGGCAUCCAGUCCUCGAUGAACACCAGCAUCGUCCGGGACACCAAGAGCAGCCAUUUCACCUUCGCAAUGCAGCUGGGCAUUCCUCACACUUUUGUGAUGAUGAGCUACCAGUACAAGUUCCAGGAUGAUGACCAGACGAAGAUUAAGGGAUCAAUAAAAUCAGGUUUCUUUGGGACUGUGGUGGAGUACGGAGCUGAGAGGAAGAUCAGUCGACACAGUGUCCUGGGGGCCACCGUCAGCGUGGGAGUGCCCCAGGGUGUCUCCCUCAAGAUCAAACUAAACCGAGCCAGCCAGACGUUUUUCUUCCCUAUUCACCUGACUGACCAACUCCUGCCAAGUGCUGUAUUUUAUGCCACAGUUGGACCGCUGGUUUUCUACCUCGCCAUCCAGCAGCUCAUUAUUCGGCCCUACAUGCGGGCCCAGAAGGAAGAAGACUUGGACAAACAGCGGGAAGGCUCAGCCUCAAAUAUAGCCAGGAAGAAGCAGGAGGCGGAGAGCGCUGUCUUACUCAUGCAGGAGUCUGUGCGCAGGAUUAUUGAAACGGAGGAGUCUAAAAUGGGCCUCAUCAUCCUCAACGCCUGGUACGGCAAGUUUGUGACCGACAACAGUAGAAAACACGAGAGGGCAAAGGUCAUCGACGUGACUGUGCCACUGCAGUGUCUGGUGAAGGACUCUAAACUCAUCCUCACCGAGGCCACAAAGUCGGGAAUCCCUGGUUUCUAUGACCCCUGUGUGGGGGAGGAGAAGAGCCUGAAGGUGCUGUAUCAGUUCCGCGGAGUCAUGCAUCAAGUCCUGUCGGGAGACGCCGAGCCACUCAGGAUACCGAAGCAAUCUCACAGGCUCGACGCAGACACAUAGGAGCGCCCCUCCCCCUCCCCGCGCUGACCAAAACAAAGACUCAUCUCUCGGCUGGUGGACAGAAGAUGGAUGAACCUGUUUUAGAUACGACACGGAUGGAAGUCCUUGUUACUCAGAAAAUCUUGCAUUUACCUUUUUUUUUUUUUUUUUGGUCUUUAUAUUCAUUUGAAUAUGCAGCGUGGAGUGGAAGCAUCACAGACUGGAUUGGUCAUAACUCGAGGGCCACGGACGGGGUUUUGCGGCCCGCUUCGAAUUCUAACGAGACACCAAAAUCGAUGGCCGCCAUCUUAUGUGGCGGGUCUUUUAGCCUCCUUGGUAUCCAUUUGUUUUUGGUCUAUGGCUUGUACUUUAGGUUUGAGGUCUAUGUAAUGUAUGGUACACAAACUGCAGUGCCGACAUGAUUGAAUACAUGAAUGCACCUUUUUGUUUAUUUGCCAUAUUAUUAAAAUCAGUCUCUCUCAUGUUUGCGCAACCAUUUUUGGUCCCUUUUUUUUCGGAUAGAUAAACUAUUUUGGAUUAUUUGGCUUUUAAUUGAAGCAGUGCUGAAACGUGGUGCAUGUGAAGGACAAUGAGAACGUGGAAGGGGAAACGCUGCAGCUUCUUUUAACCCUUGUGUCGCCUUCGGGUCAAUAUGACCCGAUUCAAUGUUUAACCCUCCUGUUACCUUUAUAUUUACUAACAAAUUUUACCCUUGAGGUCAAUAUGACCCCAGCUAUUAAAAUCUCCAGAAAAUUAUUAGAAUUAAUAUUGUUUUCCAAGUUUAAGUGUGAGGUACUUUAUGUUUGUUUGUUGACUCCCGAAAGAACACCGACAUUAAACAUUGAAUCGGGUCAAAUUGACCCGAAGGCGACAGGAGGGUUAAGUCGUUGAGCGCGUGGUGAUGAUAUAGAGUUGAGAUAGAGUCACCGUGUCCGUUGCACUGCGGGUCUUCUACCCCGGGACUCCGUCCUUGAUCUGGGUGAAAUGUUAAUUAAUCUUACCUCCUUUCACUUGUUUGUGUGCCAUAAAUGGAAAGAGGAGGAUUAACUGAAACCAUGAAAAGACCAACGCUUGCUUAAAUCCCUGUGAAAAGGUGCAAGCCUUUCAGGAAUAAUAAUGAGUGAGCCGAAGUACUCACCGAAUGCUUCCUGAAACACAAAACAACUUCUCGACGAUGACGAUUCUCUUGAAAGGAAAUUGAGUUUGUCAAGUUCUUCAUCAGGCCCAUGUAUUUUUGUAUCUGUAUUUUCUCUAACAUAAAUGAAGGAUGUGGUUUGACCAGAAGACCAGAAAUGAAAGGUUGUCAAGGCUAGAGAUAUUAGUCGCAGUGAUGAAGAGUGUACGUGAUGACAGGAGAUGAAAGACUCAUCAAGAAAUCCCUUUGGGUUUUUUUCAAAUAAGAUUUUUCUUUAGGAUUUGGUUUUAAAUUUCCACCCGUCUGUUUUGUUUCUUGUCCGUUGUAUUUUGAAGAUGGGUAAAUCCCACAGGCUGAAUCCAUUGCAUGUGAAAUAGAGUAAUUGUUUAUAGAUUAGUUAAACACACUUUACUGUACUGCAGCAUUUCAAAAAACAAGAUAGCCGACACGAUAUUAAUGCAGAGCAGUGUGUUGAUUUUAAAAAGUCAAAACUGACUAAUACAGCUUGUUGAUUAAAGACACACAUCGCCCUGAACACACAACGCAGGCGUGACACAAACGGUAAAUUCCAGAGAGAACGUUAUGAUAAUCAUCUCUCUACCUUGAGCUUAAGACAUUAUCUUUCUGAUCUAUCGUAUUUGAGUUUCCCAUGUUAAUAAAUUAUGCUCUUUGUGUCAUCAUUA